CCAAAUGGUCAUCAGUCAGAGAAGAACGUUACUUGUUUUUAUUCAUGUUCAUGAUGGAAAAUGUUUGUUCACAUAUGUAAGUGCUUCCAAAAAUUCUGAAUGUUUUCAGUGCAACUUUGAUAAGAUUCUUGUAUUUUUCAUCAUCCAGACUUUUGUAGAAGUCCCGCAGGCUGCUUUCUCUGUGCUUAUUUCGGUUAACUGCCGAACAUUGAAGUUUAAUAACCUCCAACUGCAAAUCUAGUGGCACUUCCUCUGGAUCCAUAGAAAAGGGAUCUUCAGUCAGUUUCAACUGGAUUUCUUCUUCUUUAGACAAAGAGAGUAUUAACUACAGUUUCAGACCUUGAUUUGGAAAGAUCAUAAUUAGCACAUUCAUUAAGGUAUGACUUCUGUUCCCUUUAAAAGGGGGAUUUGACUUGGAUCCCGUGAUACAGGUGCUGAGUACAUGCAACUCCUGUUGACUUAAAUGGGUGUUUAGUGGUGGUAAAGGCCACAAAAUGUGGCUCUUAAUUUGGAGGUGACAUUUUUCAGCCAGUGCAGACUUAGAAGCGUCCUACCAUGCUGCUGCUUAUUCAGAACUCUACGUACUGUUUAGUUUUAAAGGUGUCCGGACUCUCUAAUGGAUGAGGAUUACCAGUAGAAGAGGAAGAGACACAGUUUAAGUGCAAGUGGGAGAUUCUGGACCUAGGUACUUCUUGCUUUUUGAUGCUAGCAGGGAGGGAACCUGAUAACACUUAUGCCAACCUUGAUUAAAAAAGCAGAUCUCUUGUGCACAUCUUUGGCUGAAUGAGAAGAAGAGCGAUUAUUUGCUUCUGAGAACAUGAAAUAAAUGUAAAAUGUCUGGAAAACCAAAAAUUAGGAGGGAUUCUGGAUUCACACUUCAAGACUGGCAAUCUUGUAUGCAGAGCACAAACGUGAAUAUGGCUUGACUAAUUCUUGAUCUGCGCAAAUAUUGCUAAUGAGUGUUCAGUGGACUGUAUUAAGAUUGGGGGUUCUACUCUAGCACUGAGGAGCAGAACCCACAACAACUUGAAAUCAGUGGAAAUAUUUCUCAGCAGUCAAGACUCAUCAAAGCAGCAAUAAAAAAUGAAUGGAUAUUCUGAACUUGCAAACAACCAUAGCCAAAUGAUUGCUGAGGAGACUGAUGGUCAAACCAAGCCUGAACGACAUCCAGAUACUCUUCAGGAGGACAUUGAGAUGAGCAGUGGCUCAAGCGGUAAUGACUUCAGUGGAAAUGAUAUGAAUGAAAAUUACUCUACUGGCCAGGAUUCUCAAGGCAAUGAAUCUGAUGAAAAUGGGACAAAUACAGCAAUGCUCAUGGAGUCUUUAGAUUGUCAUAAAAGCUCGAAUGCAUUUAGCCUGAUGAUUGCAGACUCUGAACAUAAUCCAUCUACCAGCGGAUGCAGCAGUGAGCAGUCCACUAAAGCCAAAACACAGAAGGAAUUGAGGAAAACAUUGCAGGAGCUGAAAGCCCGCCUUCCUCCUGAAAAAAGACUCAAAGGAAAAUCUAGUGUGCUGGCAACAUUGAAAUAUGCACUUAAAGGCAUUAAACAAGUUAAAGCCAAUGAAGAAUAUUACCAGUUACUGAUGAUUAAUGAAAGCCAUCCUUCUGGUCUUGAUGUAUCGUCUUAUACGGUGGAGGAAGUUGAGAACAUUACUUCAGAAUACAUCAUGAAAAAUGCAGACAUGUUUGCUGUAGCUGUUUCCCUGAUUACUGGGAAAGUCUUGUACAUCUCUGAUCAAGCUGCCUCUAUUCUCCGCUGUAAAAGGGAUUUCUUUAAAAAUACCAAAUUUGUGGAGUUCUUGGCACCUCAGGAUGUCAGCGUUUUCUACAGCUCUACUACCCCAUACAGAUUGCCAUCAUGGAGUAUUUGUAAUGGAGUUGAGUCUUCCACACAAGACUGCAUGGAGGAGAAAUCAUUCUUCUGUCGCAUCAGUGCAGGAAAAGAACAUGAAUAUGUCUUCUACCACCCAUUUCGUAUGACUCCUUACCUUAUCAAAAUACAAGAUACUGAGAAUGCAGAAGAUCAGCUUUGCUGUGUGUUGCUUGCAGAAAAGGUGCACUCUGGCUAUGAAGCACCCAGAAUUCCUCCUGACAAGAGAAUUUUUACAACUACACACACACCAAGUUGUUUGUUCCAGGAUAUAGAUGAAAGAGCUGUACCUCUUUUGGGAUACCUACCUCAGGACUUAAUAGGAACCCCUGUUUUAUCGCAUCUUCACCCAAGUGACAGACCUCUAAUGUUAGCAGUUCACAAAAAAAUACUUCAAUAUGGUGGACAGCCUUUUGACUAUUCACCAAUCAGGUUUUGCACUAGAAAUGGGGAAUACAUAACUAUGGACACCAGCUGGUCUAGUUUCAUUAAUCCUUGGAGCCGAAAAGUCUCGUUUAUAAUUGGAAGACACAAAGUUAGGACUGGUCCCUUAAAUGAAGAUGUAUUUGCUGCUCCCAACUACACAGAAGAUAAAAUCCUUCAUCCUAGCAUUCAGGAAAUCACAGAACAAAUAUACCGGCUGUUGUUACAGCCUGUACACAACAGUGGAUCUAGUGGCUAUGGAAGCUUGGGGAGCAAUGGAUCACAUGAGCAUUUAAUGAGUAUAGCAUCAUCCAGUGACAGCAACGGGAACAACAAUGAAGAGACGCUAAAGGACAAGCAUGUGACAUGUCAAGAUGCGCAUAUGGCCAGAAAUGAAGGACAACAUGUUUUCACUGACAGAAGAGUGAAGCUGGAACAUAAGAAAAAGUCUUUUGGAGAAAAAACAAAUUUUUCAAGUGUUCGGAUGGAAGAUAUAGCUGAAAAGGAUACUGUAGCCAUUGCUGCUCAUAAGAAUGUGGUUACAGAGGAACUGACUUGGAAGGAACAGCCUGUGUAUUCCUAUCAACAGAUUAGUUGUUUAGACAGUGUCAUCAGAUACUUGGAGAGUUGCAGCAUACCUGGCACAGUAAAGAGAAAAUGCGAACCUUCGUCAAACAAUGCUGCUUCACUGAGUUCUGAUGAUCGCAAGCAAAAAACAGCUGAUAAUGCCAUAAAGCCAUCAGGAGAAGAAAGAGUGCUGUUGAAAACUCAUAUAGACCCUGCUGUGUUGAAGACAUCUGAUAAAUCAAAUGGUCCUCCGGUAGUUGGUGCUCACUUAACCUCUUUGGCUUUACCUGGGAAACCAGAAAGUGUUGUAUCCUUCACCAGUCAGUGCAGCUACAGUAGCACCAUAGUUCAUGUUGGGGACAAAAAACCACAACCUGAAUUAGAAAUGAUAGAAGAUGGUCCUAGUGGAACAGAACUCUUAGAUAGUCAACUUCUUGUCCCUCCAUCCAGCGCCAUACAUGCAAACCAGGAAAAAGAGCUAUUUAAGAAGCUGGGACUUACAAAGGAAAUCCUUGCAGUGCAUACACAAAAAGAAGAGCAGAGCUUUUUGAAUAAAUUCAAAGAAAUCAAAAGAUUCAAGAUUUUUCAAUCCCACUGCAAUUAUUACUUACAAGAUAGACCCAAAGGACGUCAUGGUGAACGUGGUGCUCAUGGGCAAAGAAAUGAUGCUUCUGGAGUAGAUCAGUCCUGGAGGAAAAGUGGAAAGAACAGGAAAUCAAAACCAAAACGAAUUAAACCUCAGGAGUCCUCGGACAGUACAACUUCUGGACCCAAUCCCCUUCAUCAGUUUCCUUUGCAAGGCCUAAAUAGUACAGCUUGGUCACCAUCAGAUAUUUCUCAAGCUAGCCAUUCAGCCAUGUCUUUCCCUGCUGUUAUGCCUGCAUAUCCACUUCCAGUUUUUUCAGCAGCAGGAACUGUGCCUCCAGGUCCUGAGGCUUACCUUUCUGGUUUCAGUGAUUUUCCAGAUUCUGGAAAUAAUUGUCCUAUGCAGCCAUCACAGUUCUCUGCACCUCCUGUAACACCAGUGGUAGCUCUUGUACUCCCCAACUACAUGUAUCCUCAAAUGAACAAUAAUUUACCCCAGACACUUUACAAUGGCCAGCCUAACUUUUCUGCUGAUCCUACUUUCUCUUCACAGUCAGUGUUUUCAGCACAGCUGCCAUUAGCUGUCCCAAAUCCUUUCCCUCAAGAGACAUUCUUUCCAACACAACCAUUCCAUUAUAAUACACCUGCAGAAAGUGAAAAGACUCCUGCAAUGGAAUCACGAAAUGAUCCGUCCCGUUCCUCCACGCCACAGUCUCUUGGUCCUCAAGAUCAGGCUUCACCACCUUUGUUCCAGUCCGGGUGCAGUUCUCCACUACAGCUAAACCUUCUGCAAUUAGAAGAAACCCCCAAAAGUGCUGAAAGUGGAGCUGCUGCUGGUUUACAUGGUGCUUUAAUUGAAGGAGGAGCCACAGGCAAACCCAUAACUGAUGACAGCAGCAGAAAAGGAUCCUCUCCUUUAUCAGUCAGACUACCUGUGUUUUGUGCAGCUGUCCCUUUUCUCUAUGAAAAGAUUGAUUCUCCAGUGGAAGCUCAAAAUAGUGAUGCUCUCUCUAUGUCCAGUGAUUUACUUGAUAUUUUACUUCAAGAGGAUACAUAUUCAGGCACUGGCUCAGCUUCAUCAGGAAGUGGUAUAUCAGCAGCUGCUGAGUCGUUGGGAUCUGGAUCCAAUGGCUGUGGCAUGUCAGGGAGCAGAACAGGCAGUAGUGAGACAAGUCAUACCAGCAAAUAUUUUGGAAGCAUCGACUCCUCAGAAAAUAAUCAUAAUACGAAAAAGAACACUGAAAUGGAAAACAGUGAACAUUUCAUUAAAUAUGUCCUUCAGGAUCCUAUCUGGUUACUGAUGGCAGAUACAGAUGAUGCUGUUAUGAUGACUUACCAGAUACCAUCCCGAAAUGUGGAAAUGGUUUUAAAAGAGGACAAACAAAAACUAAAGCAAAUGCAGAAAUUCCAGCCAAAGUUUACAGAAGAACAAAAAAGAGAGCUUAUUGAAGUUCAUCCAUGGAUCCAGAAGGAUAGACUUCCAAAAGCAGUUACUAAUUCAGAGUGUAUUUACUGUGAGGUCAACAUACGAAGCUGCUUUUAUACACCAUAUGAUGAAGAAAUCCAUGAAAUGGAACUCAAUGAAAUGAUUGAAGCCAAUGAAGAAAACAUUUUGGCUACCCUGAGUCAAAUCAGUGAAGAACAAACCUAAUAUUUGGCACUAUUUAAAAAAAGCGGCUGCUUUAAAUUACAGUGAUGCAUCAACAUAUCUUAAAGGUUUUAAAACUUAUUUCUAGUUAAAUGAAUCUGGUUUAUAAAACAAAUGGAUUUUUUGUUCUAGAAAAAGGUCAUUUGUGAAUGAAUCUCUUUGAAUGGGGCAGUCCCUUAUCUCUCCAGUACAUUGUUGGAAACAAAAACCUUUUAUUUAAAAACAAACAAAAAAAAGGAUUAGACUCACUUCAAUGCCUAAAACUUUUCUUUAAAUUGUAGAAGCUUUCAUGAAAGCCUAUAGAUCUGGUAAUCAGGUUAAUUAAUACUGCAAAAUACAUAGUUUAGUUAUGUUUUCUUCAGAUAUCCACUUAGUAAUAAUGCAGUGUUAAAUUGAAUUUACAUUUUGGAAUCACUGUUAAUUACUGAAUUAGUCCACUGUAUUGAAGAAAAAUGUUGAUACUCUGUGGGUGUUUUGUUUCACAAUUCCUAUCCUUUCUCCAAUUAGUUGAUCCCAUCUUCUUUGUUCCCUUUCAUGUUAUUUAAAUGCUGAAAAUAUUUUAAUAGGAUAUUACCAUGUCAAUAUCUAAUCUUAAAAUUUUUAGGUCACAGAUUAAAAUUGUGAAUGUAUGGGAGAACAUAAAGGAGUGCCAUGAACUUCGUAAUGUUUUAUUUUCAUGACUAUUGAAAUGUUAUGAACUAUUCAUUACAAUGAAAUCUUAGUUCUGAGAAUUUAUAUCUAGUAUAUGUUCAAAAACUUGAACUGCAAAAAAGAACACUGCUUAUCUACCACUGCCUGUUUGUUAAACUUGGUAUAAAUUUGUGUACCCUUCUUUCUAGUUCGUUCCUUCAUUAAGUUGGCCACCAGUCUUUCAGUUCUGGCUAAAUAAACAUUAAACAUACAUGUGUUCAGAGGUUUAGAGAGUUCUCUCAACUUCAAGAUAGUUGUUAUAUACAGAAAAGGAUUUUAGAACAGUAUUCAUUUCAUUAUAUUUGGUUACUGGGUGAUCUUUAGCUAUGUGAGUAGAAUCCUUUGCUGUCAGGAAGUUUACUUGUAGUACUUCUGGAAUUGUAUGGAUCUGGAUAUUUGUGCAUUAGGUGCAGAAGCUGUUCUUUUGUACUGCUUGGCAAUGAGAAGAGGACAAAAAAGAGUGGAUUUGCCAAUAAGUAUUGAGAUAAAGAACACUUAAGCUUAGAAUACUUCUGGAUGGCAGUACUGAGUCUGAAGGGUAACAGGGGAAAAUGUGUAAAGAGGUUCAACUGCAAUCAAAACAUGAGUUUUAAUGUAUCUUCACUUAAUGUGUUUACAGUUACUGCAACUGUAUUUCUGGUGUUUUUCAUCUUCAUAGCUUGAAGGCAGAACUUAUGAAUCUCAUAGAAUCACAACUUACUAGUGACUUUCACUUUAAUGUUGUAUGAAACACUCACUAGCAUGAUCUCAUACUCCCAUUGUUUUGGGGAAAGAAGAUCAAACGUAAAUCUGUGUAAAUAUCAAAUGGGAAACCCAGUUUAAUCUUUCAGUGUUUAUAAAGUCCAAUGUACUUGAUGUUUUGUGCAGAAAUUAAGCUGUGCAGAUAUACCAGCAUAUUGCGCAUGUUCCAUUAUUACAUGCAAAAAUAUAUUAUUUUAAUUGAACCAGAGUGAUUUGAGAAAUAAAGCUUUAAGAGUGCAAUCUAAGUGUACAAACAACUUUCAGGGACUUCUCACCCACUUUUUAAUUUUUUUCACCAUUAGCAUGCUUUUCUGGUUAAUUUUUUUAACAAACGUCUUGUAACUUAGUGAAAGGGAGAGAAAAGGUGCAUUUAGAGCAUUUUGUAGAUGUGUUUACACAACAACUUAACCUUGUGUUUUUUAAAGUGUGUGCAUUUACAAGGUAGUAGUAAAAUAUUUUCCUGUAACUUUAAAAUUACAAAUCUCCACUUUUAGAUAAGUUAUAAUUUUUCCCAACUUAUGUUGUAAUAUGAUUUGUGACGUAACCUUUUGUCAGCAGUGUUUUCUGUACACAGUGCAAUAUCUUUUGGUUUUGUCACUUGUGACUAAUUUUUAUGACUUUUUGCUUUUUAGAAAACUGGUAAAUAAAACAGAUAUAUUUUUA